AUUGGUGGCUUCCCAACACAUUCAGGUGCGGGCCGUCCUCCGAGUCUCAUUGUAAGUAUCUCUCAAGUAUAUCAACAGCCAUUCAAGUGCAUCGGGGUCGUACUAUGAUCUGUCACGAUACUCUUCUUCACGUCCAUGUCCGCAUCCCGCUGGGGAUCCCCUACCGCUUCCAAACGCGCUUUGCUCAUUCAUGGGUUGACUAUGUCCUCGCAAUCAUGGGAGGGCAUCGCUCAGUUAUUAGUAGCAGAAGGGUUCUUUGUCGUCGCGCCGAAUCUUCUCGGACAUGGUUGGAGACGGUGCACUGACCCUCAUGUGUCCACCCUUGCAGAGGACCUCAGACCAUAUUUCGCCAUAGACAUGUCCUACGACAUCAUUAUAGGUCACUCUCUGGGGGGCUUAGUGACCUUGUUGCUCUUGCCAUUCUUGCCCAAGACGAAAGAAACCACUGUCAUACUCCUCGAUCCUUCCCUCGAACGUACGGCGGAGCAAUUCAAAGAAGAUAAAAUCAGGUUUAUGAAGGAGAUUGCGCAUGUCAGAUGUGCUGACGAACACAUGGCUGAGAAUCCUGCUUGGUCUCGAGGCGACAGCAUGUUAAGAGCACUGGGAGUCUAUAUGUGCGAUGGCACUGUCGUCAAAGGGAUAUUUAAGCAUAGCGGGCCAUAUUCUUUCAGAGGCCUAUUGAAAAACAUCCCACCUCACGUGAAGAUCGCCUUGUUGAUGUCUGAUUCCCGAGUUCGGUGCUAUUUGUCAUUUGGAGAACGUCCCUGUUGACGUGGCGAGAUUGAAUGUAAAAGUUCUUGACGGAAUCGGUCACUGGAUCCAAUAUGAGCUUCCGAAGGCUAUUAUGGAUGAACUUCCCCUACCAAAAGCAAAAUUGUGAGUCGUAUAGACAAGGGACAGUGAUGUGCGGUGUGUAACCGCUACAUUCAAAUGUAUGCUUGUCACUCUCAAACUUGGA